UAAAGGGUAUUUUCUCAUUUUUUAUCCAUGUUAUUUUCCUUGCUCUCUGCGUAGCUGUACUUCUCCAUGUCUCUUAACCAAAAGGUGGUGAAAUUGAAGAUUUGUUAAUGACUAGCUAAAUAAGUGGCUUUUUAAGCCCAACUUGCCUGCGAUGCGAUUGCGCAAAGAUUGGAUCGCUUUACAGCAAAAUAUGCCUAUUGAUUUCUGCCACUCUCGACUUCAUUGACCAUCUAAUUUAGAAACGAAGUAUGCCUAUUGAUUUCUGCCACUCUCGACGUCAUUGACCAUCUAAUCUAGAAACGAUCCUGAACCCACUUGUGAGAUAAGUUGUAUCCUAAUCAUAACUAAUUAUAAAAAUAUUUGACCAUUUAUUAGAUGCGAGAAUGGUUCUAAGUUCUGCCCUGUGUAGAACCAUCCUAUCCUCUCCUCUUUUCAAAUGUAAAGCAAGGCUUGAGAGAGCCAGGAGUAAAGUAAACUCCAAUUUCAAUCCAACGGCAGGAGGGCUUUCCUGAACUCAUCAAAAAGAAGCUUACCCACUGAGAUCUUAACACGUGGCUCUCUAUAUUUUUGCUUAUUUAAUGGCAAGCCAGGCCCCCAAGUACCCUGAAUCUGUCUAUGAUUUCAUCGUUAAGGAUUCUAAAGGAAAUGAUGUAGAUCUUAGCAUUUUCAAGGGAAAAGUCUUAUUAAUUGUCAAUGUGGCUUCAAAAUGUGGAAUGACCAACUCAAAUUACACAGAACUGAAUCAGUUAUAUGAGAAGUACAAAGAUCAAGGCCUUGAAAUAUUGGCAUUUCCAUGCAAUCAAUUUGGUGAGGAGGAACCAGGAAGCAAUUAUGAGAUUCAAGAGUUUGCCUGCACUCGCUUUAAAUCAGAAUUUCCCAUAUUUGGCAAGCUGGAAGUGAAUGGUGAGAAUGCUUCUCUACUGUACAAGUUCUUAAAGUCAGGCAAAUGGGGGAUAUUUGGUGAUGAUAUUCAGUGGAACUUUGCAAAAUUCCUUGUGAAUAGGGAUGGGCAAGUUGUCGAUCGUUACUACCCCACAACUUCACCUCUGAGUCUUGAGCAUGACGUAGAGAAGCUGUUGGGGGUCUCAUAAGCGUGCUGAGAUAUAAAGGAUUAAUCAAGGUUCAUGAAGAUACCAAAGGACAGGAUGUUUAAUCUUGUUCUGAGUCCUGAGCGACUUACCAAAUCUGCACUGGAGAAUAUGAUAAUUGUGUGAAGUAGUAGAAUGUUGCUAGUUGCAGCUCUAAACUCAUUUCCCAAUAUUGUGUGCUUGAAAAACCAAGUGUUCACCUUUUGUUAAUUGCCCUUUCUGGUUUGGUUGUAAAGUUUGUUUUUCUCUUGGGUUACUCGAAACGGCUAUGUUUUCCUAUGAUUAUGACAAAUAUCCAAGAAAUGCACCGUGUCCUGACAGAUUGUGAUUUGAUCCUAAA